AGUGUAGAAAAACAAGGCGAUGCAUGUAAUGAGCGGUCGUAUCAAUUCGAAGGGAAUAUUGCAUGAAGAAAAAUCAUGGAUGUACUGUAUAGGAAUAUAACAACUAUUUCUCAAUGUGCACCAGAAGCCACAGCAGAUGGACAUCCGUCGAAUGAGUAUAUGCAGAAUGCAAAUGGACAAACGACAUCUGCUGUAUCGACAAAACAUCGGAAACUUAGAAGAAUCCGCCAGAGAACCACUUUUACCACGGGCCAACUGAAGACGCUUGAAGGCGCAUUUCAACAAGCGCCUUACCCGAACAUCAUUGUGAGAGAGGCUCUUGCACGGCAACUUAUGCUGGACGAAACGAGGGUGCAGAUUUGGUUCCAAAACCGACGGGCAAAGUGGCGGAAAGGGCAACCGUCAAAACAGGAGAUUUCACUUGAAGAUACAAAUUCUGCACCGGGCACAGGCAAAGAUUCGAAGAAAUCGGAUAAACAAGCACUUUUCAUUCCCGUACCGGAACCGGCAAUGUUCAGCUCGCAUACUCCCUGGUGGUUCCCUAUACCCGUUCAUCACCACAAUCUUGUCGUGUUCCCUGUAUUUUCGCCAAGCUGCUACGCAAACGCCAAAAGCGUUCCGAAUAGGAUCCUAAUUUCUGAUUGGCUGAAAUCGAGGUACAUGGAGGGCUGAAGCAGAUGUCCCUGGUAGGGAGACGACAUCGUCAUCCCAAAAUAGAUACGAAACAUUUUUACACCAUGGCAUGACAUCUGCUCUUUUUACAAAGCGGAUUAUUAUGUUUGUUUGCAUUUUUAAAGGCCUUUUUUCCUUUAACCCUUUAAAUAUUACAGAUUUCUGGCAAAUUUGAUAUGAUUAGUAAUGUAUUUAUAACAAGUUUAAAAAACAAAACAAAAAAAACAAUGAUGGGGUUUCCAUUAUUUUCAAAGUAAAUGAUUUACACCAAUUCCUUGUGUUAAUUUCGAUGAGAGCUGAAACUUCUUUCUCUACUGUUGUAUCAACACUGUAAAUACGGUACAUGUACCUAGUGGAUCUGCAUAUUUUUUUAUAAUUGCUUAAUAUGUGAAAUGCAUUUGGGCCACGAACUGUGAAAAGGUGUUUUAACGCAUUUGCGUAAAGUGUCGUCCCGGAUUCGCCUAUGAAGUACGCCUAAUCAAGGACGACUUUUUCCGCCUAAACUUGAUUUUUGUUAAGAAGAGACUUUCUUAAACCGACAAA